CCACUGCGCAUGCGUGUUUCGUCCUGGCUCCGGUCGCUCCGCCAUCUUUGUCGGCUACCCAUUGUUCAAACCUGGAGCUAACGGCGGCGGAAAAUCACUUUAUUCUGCGCCAUAAAAGAACCUGACGGUGUCACAGGCAGCUGCCCGCGACAGUCGUGGAUUUGCUCUCAGGGUUACGACUUGUUCUCGGCCAGCAAGUUCAACAGAAUGGACGAUGACCAGCCCAAAACCCUGUAUGUGGGGAAUCUGUCCCGGGACGUGACAGAGGCCCUCAUCUUGGAGUUGUUUGGCCAGAUUGGACCUUGCAAGAGCUGUAAAAUGAUAGUAGAUACAGCAGGUCACGACCCGUACUGCUUUGUGGAGUUCUAUGAGCAUAGACAUGCCACUGCCACAAUCGCAGCCAUGAAUGGUCGGAAAAUUCUGGGUAAGGAGGUGAAGGUCAACUGGGCCACGACGCCAACCAGCCAAAAGAAAGACACAAGCAGUCACUUCCAUGUCUUUGUCGGAGAUCUAAGUCCUGAAAUUACCACAGAUGACAUAAGAGCAGCUUUUGCUCCAUUUGGAAAAAUAUCGGAUUGUCGUGUGGUGAAAGACAUGGCCACAGGUAAAUCAAAAGGCUAUGGCUUUGUCUCCUUCUUCAACAAAUGGGAUGCAGAGAACGCCAUCCAGCAGAUGGGAGGACAGUGGCUGGGCGGGAGACAGAUCAGAACCAACUGGGCUACGAGGAAACCUGCUCCUAAAAAUACAAAUGAGACACCCAGUUCCAAGCAGCUCUCCUUCGACGAGGUGGUCAACCAGUCCAGCCCCAGCAACUGCACCGUGUACUGCGGUGGAGUCACAACAGGACUGACAGAGCAAACAAUGAGACAGACCUUCUCCCCCUUUGGCCAAAUAAUGGAGAUCCGUGUUUUCCCCGACAAAGGAUAUUCAUUCGUGAGGUUCAACUCCCAUGAGGCAGCCGCUCAUGCCAUUGUGUCUGUGAACGGCACAUCCAUAGAGGGCUAUGUGGUGAAGUGUUACUGGGGGAAAGAAACAACAGACAUGGUUAGCCCCAUUCAGCAGGUACAAAUGCCACAGCAGAACACGGUGAGCUUUGCGGCGCAGCCCUACAGUCAGUGGGGUCAGUGGUACGGCAACACGCAGCAGAUUGGUCAGUACGUGCCCAAUGGAUGGCAGGUGCCGAGCUAUGGAGUGUAUGGACAGACCUGGGAUCAGCAGGGCUACAAUCAUUUACACGCUGGCGCUGGAUGGACAGGAGUGGGAGCGAUGAGCAACGGGGGAAUGGUGGAGCCUGGGCAGGGAGUCAACGGGACGGUGCUAACCAACCAGGCCGGCAUGAGCACUGCCGGCUUCCACACCCAUUGAUCAGUGAUCACAGUAGCCCUCUCUGAGCCUCUGAGGCCACAUGGAUGAUACUCUGCUGGGGGGAAGGAGCCCUUUUAGAUGUGCUCUCUCUGUUACCACACAAAUUAUUCUGUUAGUGAGGCUGGUGCGCCAUUUUAUCAACCUCCACCAGCCCAUAACUUAACCCACUGCCCAAAAUCUGCAAGUGUACAGAAAUCAACCCACAUCAGAACAAUUUAACACUGUUAAUUACAGCUAUCGCUAAUGCACCUUGCAUUCCUGGGCCCAUUUUAUUCUUUGGCGUAUUUUUGUAAUGCCUGCAGAUAACUGGCCAAAUGUAAAUUAUUCAACCGUGUCAUGAUAUUUCUAGCACAGCCACAUUUUAGUUUAGAAGAAAAAGAAGUGUUCAGUAAUGAAAUAUAUAGUAAAACACCAUUUUUUUUGUUUUUGUUUUCAGCCCCUCAGAGCCAAAGAGCAAGGGCAGAAUUUUAUACCAAUGUUUAACAAUCAAAACAGGGAGAAGAGGGUACCAACUUUGCCACAGGAAAGACUCCACAGUCCAUCGUAAUGUAUUGAAUAAGGGUGCGAUUUUUAUUCUUUCCUCAAUUGGAACCUCGUGCAGCCUGUUUCUAAAGUGAAAAAACAAGUCUGAGGAAGUUCUCAGGGUGUGGUGAGGUCAUUCUGUGAAGAGUAGGAUAUCACUGAGUAAGAAAUAGGCAGGUUGUGGGGAAAGUGGACGACAUAAAAUAAGUACAAAUUUCUGCGCUCCUUCUUAGAUUCAUCUCCUGGAAUGGACUGAAUUCAAAUCUGUGAAUAAGAAAAUGUGUGUGUGUGCUGGCGUGUGUGCAUGAACUCUGAUGCUUUUUACACACAAGACAACGUCCACUUUCAUCUCCCCCCUGAAAAACUUAAAGGACUACUCCAUACUUUUUGCUGUCAUAAUUAUUCUCCAAAAUGCUGACAUUGUAUAAAGAGCUUUUUGCCUUUUUCUGUUCAAUUUGGGGACUGUCUUAUAAAGAAACGUUGCAGUGACACCAUCGAAUCAUGUGACAUGUGAGACCUUUUAUGUUUGUUUAUAAAAGUGGCUGUCAACUGUCAACAUUAUUUUUUAAAUUAGAUUUUCAAUAUCUCAAAUAAAUCAAUUGCAGGGAUUACUGCCACUCUUAUCUUACUUCUAGGCAGACAAUAUUGCACAAAUACUUAAGAUUAUCUUUUCAAAAAAAUCAAAUAAUAGGGAUUUUUUUUUUAUGUUUUUGCAUUCCACUUUGUUUUGUUAUUUGCUUUGGAACUCUGUUUUAUGUGACAGUCUGUUCAGUUGUACUGAAUCUGUAUAAAGACAACGUGUUACUUGCUUCUGGUUGAGGUAAUGGAUUCCAGAAACAGCUGUUUGACAGUAGCAUCCCUGUCCAGUGCUGGUCCGUGUACAGUUAGAGAAAGAGUGAGGUUUGAUUCUUCCAGAGGACGAGCCGCAUUGCUAUGUAAUGCAAAAAAAAAAAAAAAGCCUUUCGAUCGACAAGUAAUAACAUAAUUUAAGUUAUUCUGUUAUCCUAAAUGACGAUUGUUUUUAUAGAUAAAGAAACAACCUUAUAGGAUCAGAUUUUUUUGCACUGUGGCCACCAUCAUUUUUAAUAGAGUUGGAAAAAUCCAUUGUGUUGCCUUACUAUCAGUGAGUUUCUUUUAAUUUAACCAAAAAUUCAUCCAAGAGUAGGCGGUGCCUAAGAAUGUUUUCAACCUAUGUUUUGGCAAGGCAAGGCAAGUUCUGUUGAUGCUUCAGUAACAUGGUUUGAGUUUUUGCUUUGUCCCAUUAAAUUGCUGAUGCUUAAAACAGCUCCCAUUUAA